AUGUCGGGGAAAAAAAUCCAGGCGAGCUCCUGUCAGACGCCAUCCCAUCUUAUAAGAAGUGAGCUAAAGUGUCCUUUGAGCUACGUGGACCGCCUCCUGCUUGAGGAUCAACAUACCCAAGGCUCGGAUUCAUCCAUAAAUCAUUUCCGCCUUACCAUGCUUGACCACCUUACUGACUACAUCCUAGAGAUGGUAGCCAAUGAGGCCAUCAAUAGCAAUAUGCACACCGUCCCACAAGAUGAUAGAGGCGUUGGCAGCAACAGACAGCCCCCCCAAAACUUGAAGAAUGUGAACUUCACUCUGCUGGAUGAGAUGCCUGGACCCAGGAGAAGUGGCUAA